UACUACAAUGUUCUUUCAAUCAUUUAAUAACAAGUUUAUCUUGUUGGAUUUGGUAUUACCCUUUAUUGGGUUUACUUUAAUUGCCUUGUUGAUAUUUCAUCGCCAUUGGUUUCAAUCAUGGAAUUUGAUCCACAAGUAUCCAAAAAGCCGCCUUUUCAUAUAUUUUCCACUAAUUGGACAUUUAGGGUUGUUGACAUACAUCCGCCCUUCAAUGAAAAAUUUUAUGAAUCUAUUUGCCAUGUUCGGGAGUGAAUCUGGAAAAAUGAUAAGGCUUCUCGGAUUUCGGACCAUCACAGUCUACAAAGUUGAACACUUAGAUGUUGUGUUCACCCAUCCACACACCCAAAAGAAACAUUAUAGUUACGAUUUCUUCAAGGGAUUUGUAGGGGACUCAAUAUUUCGAAUUCAUGGUGAACGAUGGAAACGGAAUCGAAAAGCAAUGAGUCCCACAAUGCAUCCGGAAACAAUUGCACCUUACACUGAAGACAUGGCUAGAAUAACUAGUAUUUUAGUGGAUAAGUUAAAAUUGAAACAAAGGUGUACUUUUGAUAUUAUGCCUGACGUUGCAAAAUGUGUCAUGGAUGUUUUUGUUAAUACUUCUUUUGGAGUUGACAUGAAAUUACAAAAUGGCAACGCAAACAAAUUCGAUCAUUACACCGAUGCUUUCUUAGAAUUAGCGAUGUAUCGAAUGAUGGCGUUACCACUACAUCCGGAUUUUAUCUAUAAGUGGACUAAGUCAUAUGAACUUCAGGAAGAAGCAUUAAAAUAUGGAAAAAUUGUCACUGAUAAAAUUUUUAUGGAUAGAAAAGCCAUUUAUAACGAAGAAUUAAAAACCCGCAAUUUAGAAGUUAGUUUGGAAGAACAAUAUGGCCGCAAGCGAAAGUUCAUUGAUCAUUUAUUGGAUUUAAGUCAAGAUGCUUUAAUUACCGAACAAGAAGUUCUAGAUGAAGUUAAUACAUUCAUGAUAGCUGGCUUUGACACUUGCACUUCGGGAGUAUGUUUUACUCUAUUAGCGCUAGGAAUGUAUCCAGAUAUGCAAGAAAAAGUUUAUCAGGAACUUAUGGAUGUACUUGGUACUGAACGCGAUAUUCAAUACAGCGACCUAUCAAAAUUUGUUUAUCUGGAAAAGGUGAUUAAAGAAUCACUCAGAGUUUUUCCGCCAAUUCCCGCUGUUAUACGCGUGGCCGAAGAGGAUUUUCUUUUGGACGGAAAUACAGUACCAAAAGGCACUCAAUUAUUGUGCAAUAUCUUGAGUACUCAUCGGUCGUCUUUAUAUUGGAAAGAUCCGAUGAAGUUUGAUCCAGAGAGAUUUACCUCAGAGCAAACGGUUAAACAUGUCAAAAAUAGCUUUGUUCCAUUUUUGGCUGGGCCACGCACAUGUUUCGGGACAAGAGUGGCCUGGAUGUCCCUGAAAACCAUUGUUGCAACUUUAAUUCGAAGAUACAAAGUCUUUACACCUUACAAAUCUCCAGACGAUAUAAAACUGGAAAUAAAAAUGACAUUGAAGGCAGAAGAAGGUAUAUUGAUUCGUCUGGAAGAACGUAAACAACUCUGACGUCUUUCUAUGGGAAGUAAAUUCAUUGUUAAAAUUAAUUAGCGGAAGCUACUAUUGCAUUAUAUUACAAAUGGGAAUAUUUGCGCAUUCUCAGCGCAUUAUUAAGGAAGCAAUUUGAAUAAAAAUAAAGAUAAGAUUAAA